AUGGCUACAACGAAUGGCAGCACGCCGAAGCCGGUACCAGGCGUGGUUCGCCUGCGGGAGAUGCUGGCAGAUCCAAAGAAGACCGUCGUUGCGCCAGGCGUCUACGAUGGCCUCACGGCUCGACUGGCUCUCGAAGCUGGAUUCUCAUGUUUAUACAUGACUGGAGCGGGGACAAGCAUGUCACGACUGGGAAUGGCGGAUCUAGGUCUAGCAAACUACACCGAUAUGCUCACCAACGCCUCCAUGAUCGCCUCCAUCGACCCUUCCGUUCCCGUCAUCGCCGACGCGGAUACCGGCUAUGGAGGGCCCAUCAAUAUCGCUCGCACCGUCCAAGGCUAUGCUCGAGCGGGUGUGGCAGCUCUUCACAUUGAGGAUCAAGUACAAGAGAAAAGAUGCGGCCACCUCAGUGGAAAGCUGCUGGUCAGCAAAGACGUCUACUAUAAUCGCCUUCGCGCCGCUUGUAAAGCACGAGACGAAAGCAGGGACGACAUUCUUAUCAUCGCGCGAACAGAUGCUCGUGCAGGACAGGAUGUAGACGGAAAUGGAGGAUUCGAAGAAGCCAUUGAGCGCUUAAAGGGCGCCGCAGAGAUUGGAGUCGAUGCGCUCUUCUUCGAAGCGAUUCAAUCCGAGGAAGAAUGUAAGCAGGUUAUUGAGCGUCUGCCCAAAAUUCCCGUGCUGUUGAAUAUGGUGCAGGGGGGCCGGACUCCACAGAUGAACACCGAUCAGGCCAACAAGCUGGGUUUCAGGAUCGUAAUCUGGCCUUGCGUGGGUAUGGAGGCUGUUGUGCCGGCCGUGAGGAACGCUUUGGCGAGUUUGAGGGAAAGUGGCCGGCCGCCUGUAGAGCAGGCUAUGGGACCUGGAGCACUAUUUGAGGUCUGUGGGCUGAAAGAGUUGAUGCAGUUUGAUGAGAGUGUUGGUGGGAAAGCAUACAAGUAG